UAAAGAAACGCGCGUUGUCGCCUAGUUACCCGAAAUGAUACAAAUAAAGUCAUUAUUAAAAGCGAAUGGAAAACAUACAUAAAAAUGUAAUAAAUCGUCAAUCUCCCAGAACAUAAUACCAAGAUUAAUCGCAAGUAAUAUUGUUUUGAAGAAAAAAACUCAAAGAGAAAAUGCCUAUUUUUGGUAGCAAAUUUUCUCCAAGAAAAACACCCAUUAGAAAAAGCAAUGUCAACGUAAAUUCUGAUAAGCUCCUGGAAGACUUAGUUGGGGAGCACAACUUUGUGAAAGUAUCACUUGGUGAUCAGGAAUUAGUGUUUGAUAAUGGUGAAUGGAUACCGAGUUCUGGCAAAAACAGUUCUACUCAUAAAGUAAACCAAAAGCUAAAGAAAAAAAACCAGGAGCUUCAAGAGGAAAACAACCUGCUCAGAAUUAAGUAUGAACUAAUUUUAAAUAUGUUAUCUGAAAUCACCGCCGGGCAUCAAACGAAAGAAAAGGAGCUGGACAAAUGCCGAAAAUCAACAAAACGAUUGGCAGCAACGUUUCCCAGUUGAGCAUCCAGUUGUUCAUAUGAUUUUGACUAUUAUUUAACGAUGUAUUUUUUUAGAUAAAUAAAAUAUUUCAAGC